CGAUAGGGUGACCUGUUAUAUGUUAUAGAUUAGUGUUACAAACAUCAAUCCCUGUCUUCUGUAUCUAAUACGACUUCUUACUCCUAUAGUUAAAAGUGAGUAAAGUUACAGAUGGAUGCUGACUGUGUUGAAGUUGUGGAAAUCGAAAAGAAUUUUUCCAGUUUGACUGCAAAGCAUGACAUCCCAAGAGGAACAUUCUUGGGAGACUUUUGGGGAAAAGUCAGAAGUGAGGUUGCCAAACACACUUUGCAAAUCGGCAUCAACAAGCACAUUGACUGUUUAGGAAAAACCAAAUACACAAAUCAUUCUUGUUCACCUAAUGCUCAUUUUGUGUAUAGCCAAUACCAAGGAAGUAAAGGAUUGAAUCUUCAAGAAGAUGAAGAACUCUCUUGGCAUCUUGUAGCUUCAAGAGAUAUCAAAAAGGGUGAAGCAAUAACAUUUGAUUAUACACUAACAGAAUAUUCAACGGCGGAGGCUUUUGAUUGUCUUUGUAAGUCUCAAAACUGCUUAGGAAGAGUACAAGGUUUCAAGUUUUUACCAGCAGAAGAAAAAAAGAAAAGAAUGGAUAGGGCCUCACCUUUCGUAAUUGAGCUCUUUGAAAAAGAAAAUCGCUAAAUUGUAUCAGCCCAACAUCAUUGAAUGUCCUCCCAUGGGUCUCAAGAGUCUUUCUAUUAUCUUCAACUUGCAAAAAAAAAAAAACA